GGGCUCCCCCCUCAAAGCACUGCGGGCUUCCUAGGCUUCAGCCUGCUCCUCUGCCUGGGACCCUUGGGCACAGCUUUCUAAGGGCCAGUGGAAGUAUCGGGGACCAAGAUCCUUGCAAGAUAAAAACAGAACCGUUCAGUUUCUUACCGAGGUGGUGUCUGCACCUCUGCUCCAUGGUGCCCUGGGGGCGUGGCGCUGAUUUCCCAAGCUGAGCUCUGGGGGCCUGCUCCACUGGGGGUGUUUGGCCCAAGGCUCUGUGGGUGGUGCGGGUCUUGCCCUUGUCACCCAUGAGCCUCACUGCGAGGUGCACACACCUCGUUCCCCUGUCCCCCUCCCCCCCCACUGUGUCCCCAGUCUCCUGCAGGUAUACAGGAGGGAUCUGGAACGUUGGGCGGGGCGAGGUGUGCACCAAAGGGGGCUGGAUCCUGUUCUGGGGGGGAUGAGGUUUCCCGAAGGCCUUCUCUGCCCUGCCUGGGCAGUCUGAGGGGAUGUAACCAGCCCUCCUUGGUGAUCACAAGGGCCCAUGGGGUAACGGGCGCCUGAGCAGAGCUGGGCACUUGGCUGGAGGUCCAGAGCGCUUAGUCCUGCCGGGUUCAGCCGGCACCUGCCCUCCUGCCCUUUCUCCUCGAGGCAUGGGGCAGCGGCAGUAGCCCCCAGCCAACAAUAAUGGUCGGUAGUGCGACUGCAGGACUGGGAGAGCCGGCUCAGCAAGUCCCUGUGCACCUGUGCCAGGGGCCACCCCCACCUUGGUCUCAAGGUCCUGUCCUAUAGGCCCAAUCUGUUCUAGUUGAGCAGGAUCCCAGGCCCCUGAAGAGGCAGAGGCCUCCAGCACCCCAGCGCUGCCCGGACAGCUCUGCCAGGCCAGACCCUCCAGUGCCCAAGGCUGAGACCCCCGCCAUGGCCAGCCCCGGGAAGCCUGGGGCUGGGGAGAACCAGGAGGAGGAGGGGUGGGACAAGGGGCACGCCCCAGGGCCACUGGCAGCGACACUGGAGCAGGCCCAGGAGCUGUUUCUGCUGUGCGACAAGGAGGCCAAGGGCUUCAUCACCCGGCACGACCUGCAGGGCCUGCAGAGCGACCUGCCCCUCACGCCCGAACAGCUGGAGGCUGUGUUCGAAAGUCUGGACCAGGCGCACACCGGCUUCCUCACCGCUCGGGAGUUCUGCCUUGGCCUGGGGAAGUUGGUGGGGGUGGAGCCUGCCCCGGGUGCUCUGCCCUCCCAGGCUCCUCGGGCUCCAGAGGAAACCUUCGAGGCGGGCUGGUCGGAUGUGCGAGGCCCCCGGGGCUCCCUGGAGGAGGAGGACGAGGAGAGAUUCUGCUCUGCGCUGGAGCAGCUGGGGGUGGCCCGGGUCCUGGGCGAGCAGCGGGCAAUUCGGACGCUCUGGACCCAGCUGCAGCGUGAGCGACCCGAACUGCUGGGCUCCUUCGAGGACGUUCUGAUGCAGGCGUCGGCCUGCCUGGAGGAAGCGGCCCGAGAGCGGGAGGUCCUGGAGCAGGCGCUGCGGCGGCGGGAGAGCGAGCACGAGAGGGCGGUGCGAUGUCUGUACGAAGAUAUGGAGCGGCAGCUUGGCGAGCAGCGCCGGCGCCUGCGGAGUCAGGACGUCCCCCGGGAGGAGCGGAGAAGCCGCCUAGAGCUGGAGCUGCAGAGUCGCGAGCAGGAGCUGGAACGCGCGGGGCUGCGGCAGCGGGAGCCUCGAUCCCCCCACACCCCAGUUGGAACAGCAGCUGCAGGCCCGGACCACCGAGCAGCUGGAGGCGCAGGCGCAGAACGCCCAGCUGUGGCUGGCCAACGAGGCGCUGCGGGCGCAACUGGAAGGGGUGCAAGAGCAGCUCCGCAGACUGGAGAGCGACUUGCUGGGCCGUCGGGAGCAAACCCAACGGUGCUGGGGGGCGGGGCUGGGGUUGGGCCCUCAGGGGCGGACUCCGAGAAGGGUCGCGCUUGGAGCCCAGGGCUUCCAUCCCACCCCGUCCCAGCCCCGCCUCCAGGGUCUCCGUGGGGCAGGGUCCUCCAGGGGGUCGUGGGGCACCCCGAGGAGCCUCCCUGCAUCCAAAUCACCACCUCCGUCCUGCAGAGACGUGGUCGCGGUCUCGAGGAACAUGCAGAAAGAGAAGCUCAGCCUCCUGCGGCAACUGGAACUGCUCAGGAAUGCUGCCUCUUGAGACCUCUCAGAACUCCUGGACUCCUAUUCCCCAGGGAGCUGAACACGAGGCUACGAGACGAGAGGGACGUCUGUGAGGCCGAGCGGCUGGGCAGUGGCCGCAGGAAGGCUCUGACCACGGCCCCCCUGCUGGGGCCCACCUGCUGCUGUUCCUGCUGUUGUAGUAGCUGGGCUCGCCCCCCCAGACGCGGCUCUGGCCACCUUCCCAGUGCCCGCUGACCAGCCCGAGUGACUCACUGGGCGUUACUUGGUUACUCGGAGAAGCUGCCCCUUGAAGGCGACUCCUCGUGGCUGGGGGCUGCCCAUCCUGGCUGUGGGUUCUACCCAGUAGGUUGCCUGGCCUGCCUGACUUGCAGACGUGAAGGAACUAAUCCUGGGUGGUCAGGGUCUCACCGUGCCUCCCUGCCGGUCCUCACCCUACCCCCAUCCCAUCAAAAACAGCAGAAAACUCCCUCUUCCAAAUAAAGUCCACUGACUUCGA